AUGGAGGGCACCGACAUGUUGUAUUCACUGAAGUCUACUAAUAGGGAUCAACUCACCCAGACACAACAUCAUCAGCUUCAGCAAACCUUCACUUUAUCUCCCAAACAAGCGAAAGAGGUUGAAGAGAACCCAAGCAGUCCCCAAGCGCCACAGAAAACUUGUGAUUCCGAAGCAAAUCUUCUCGAAGUACGCGUCUGCGAUUGCGAUCAAAGCCAGUCUUUCUACUUCCCGACGGGAUUUGCGUAUCCACAGCAGGAACCCGCUCCGAAUGGUUCCUUAGAGAAUGUCGACCCUCUUGUGCUGGCACGGUCGUUCCAGCCUGGGCGCCCUUCGAAAGUAGGCCUCCUCUCAAUGCCAUCAGAAAUCCUUCUUCAGAUCGUCAAGAAUACGGAUCCUAUGGGGAAAACAUGCCUCUCUUUGGCUUCGAAAUACCUUGCCCUCCAUUGCUUGAAGGCAGAGGCAACGUUCCCGUCGAAAAAAGGCGCAUAUCUAGACGACACCCGUCGCGUUACCUUUUUGAAUCUGCUCCAGAGCUGGAUGCCGGAGAAGUACCGUAUGUGUUUCAUCUGUCGCAUAUAUCGCCCUAUCAAUGGCGGUCACUUGGAAGAAGAGUAUGUUUCUGAGAGGUCUGGCGAUCACACCACCAAAAUAUCCCUGAAGAUUACACGGUGGAAAGACGAAGACUGGACGUUCAUAAGCUUGGGCAAGAGAAUUAGUAAAAGUGGGACCAUGGAGAGUAGAACGUAUUGUCCUGCUUGUAUCAAAGAAGUCAAUUCGAUCAAGAUCGGUAGACGACGAACGGGAAUGAAGCGGAAGAAUGCAGCGGUUGCAGAAGAGCUCCAAAUUGAUGCCGAUGCUUGA